AUGAAGUCCUAUUUUACGUCUCCCAAUUCCCUUCAAUCUGCCAAAUGUCAAGAAAACGAAGUAUACAAUAACAAAAACAGUGAAAACAUUCGAAAAUUAAAUUUUUCUGUUCUGUUUUGCUCAAAUUGUCGUAUGAAGUGCGAAGUGAAGAGUUGUGGAAAGUGUUUUACUGCUACAUAUUGCAACAGAUCUUGCCAAGAAAAUCAUUGGUCAAAGCAUAAACAAAUAUGCAAAAUUUUACGUGAGAAGUCAAGCUAUUUGAUCACUUCCAUGAAAAGUGUCGGACUUGAUGCUACGCAGCGAGUUGAAG